AUGUCCAGUUGGGCACCCUUGUUGGCUUUCCUCCUGGGUCUCCUCUUAUCCAUCGCUGAAGGUAACCAUUAUGAAGGCCACUGGCUGGGCCAGCCGUGUCUCCCUGGCCAGCCUUGCGUGUUAGCAUUUAUCUCCAAUAACCCUGUCGUCCUACGCUGUCCCCGCUCUUCAUACAGAGGCCACAUCACUUGGCAAUACCUCGACCCCUCUUGGACCGAUGAGCAGCCCCUCACCUUCUUACGCUCAGGCGGGACUUCCUGGCCCCUGUUUAGCCAUGACAAGCUGCAGAGGCUACGUUUCAAAUCCCGACUGAUUGCCGGCACCGGCAGCCUGUACAUCUCAAGCCCCAGCCGAGAAGACUCAGGGUUGUACACCUGUCGUGCAGGAGACGCCACCCUUGCCUAUUACGAGGUUGACUUUCAGGAUGCCGAGCGUCUCCACGUGUCACACGCAGAGCUGGGAGAGGCCAGCUUGGGCAACGUUACGGUGCCGCUCGACCAGGGGGCACAGGCCACCCUGUUCACCUCCUGGAGUCCUUGGCAGUCUUGCAAUCGCUGUGGCCAUCCCGGGGAACGGAAGCAAGUGGGGUUUUGUUAUGCCCAGCUGACUACGAUGGACUCUGAGGGGGAAAUGCCCAUGCCUUGUGGGAUGGCUAGGCAGAAGUAUCCGACGUUGCCGCAACGGGGACCAGAGCUGAGAAUAGAAACCUGCCAAGUGCGCUGUGUGACAUCAUACUUGGCUGGCCAAGAGGAGCCCCACUGGGUGCCAUUCCUGGUCUUCACCAACUACCACCCCCAACUGAAAGCCACUGCUCACCUUCGCUGCCCAGCGUCUUCCAUCUACAGGUAA